UGUACUUCGACAGCCUCAGUUUCCACAGCAGCCGAAGAUGGGUCCAGGAGCACAUGCCAGCGGGGGGGACUCGCAGUCCUUGACCGAGCCAGCCUUCCUGGAACGCGUGUUUGCAUCUGUCGGCAGAAAAUGGCAGCAUUUGUUGGAUCAAUCGACAAUUUAUGUGUAUGGCCGAUGGGCGGCAUCUGCGUUGCUGCUCACCGUGUACAUUCUCCGAGUGUACUACUUGAAUGCAUUUCACAUCAUCACGUACGGCUUGGGCAUCUACUUGCUCAAUCUGUUCAUUGGAUUUCUCUCGCCCCAAAUCGAUCCCGAAACCGAAGGCCCUGUGCUGCCUUCGACCAGCAGUGAAGAGUUCCGCCCGUUUAGCCGUCGCGUUCCAGAAUUCAAGUUCUGGUACUCGGCCACGAAAGCGACGUUCAUUGCGACGUUGUUGACGUUCUUCGAAGUGUUCAACGUCCCGGUGUUUUGGCCGAUCCUGCUGAUGUACUUCAUCUUGCUGUUCACGUUGACGAUGAAGCGGCAGAUCAAGCACAUGUGGAAGCACAACUACGUGCCGUGGUCGACCGGCAAACAAGUGUACAAGGGCAAGGGCGGCGGCAAGGACUCCAAGUAGAUUUCUUUCUCGAGUGACCCACUAUCGGUUUCCAUUCAGUCGUCGAACGGACGUUGCAUAAAUACUUGACUGCUUCCAUGCUCUUAUCCAUCCCACAAUUCGCUGCCGUACCCACUGGUCGCGCCACGGGACGGCAUGUCUCGAUAUGAAGGCGGUGGUGGUAGUGUCACGGCGUCCUCUACGAUGUUCA